AUGACCACUCGACGUGGAUUAUUUAUUGUCGUCGAAGGAUGCGAUCGGGCAGGGAAAUCAACUCAAUGUGAACGGUUAGUUCAACGAAUGCGCGGUGAACAGCUCGGGACCGAACUACUUAAAUUCCCAGAUCGUACAACGCAGACGGGACAAAUGAUUGACGGCUAUCUAAAACAAACACAGCAUUUGGACGACCAUGCUAUUCAUCUUUUAUUUUCAGCCAACCGAUGGGAAGCCAUUGAUACCAUGACCUCUCUGUUAAAUUCGGGUACUAAUCUUGUAGUGGAUCGUUAUGCUUUUUCAGGUGUUGCUUUCUCUGCAGCCAAGGGACUGAGUCUUGAUUGGUGCAAACAACCGGAUGUGGGUUUGCUGACACCGGAUGUUGUACUAUUCCUUGACCUUCCUAUUGAAGAAGCCGAACGACGCGGCGGUUUUGGUGAUGAACGUUAUGAAAAGCGAGAAUUGCAGAUCAUUGUGCGUCAAAAAUUUGGCCAACUGAUGGAGAGUUCAUGGAAGGUCAUUGAUGCUUCAGAGUCCAUGGAUAAAGUGCAUGAAGCCAUGUGGGAUGCUAUUCAAUCCAAAAUGCAGGCUAGCACCUUGGAAGAUUUGCGGUUCGACCUGUGGAAAGCAUGA